AUGCCGCCCACCAAAACCCAGACUCAAUGGAAGGAUAUACCUCCAGUUCCAUCGUCGACUGAGUUCCUGGACAUCGUCCUUUCGAGGACUCAACGUCGACUACCUACUCAGAUACGCGCUGGCUUCAAGAUCGCACGUAUAAGGGGAUUUUACACGAGGAAGGUAAAAUUCACUCAAGAGACGUUCUCAGAGAAGAUUGGGAACAUACUCGAGACGUUUCCACGCAUUAAUGAGGUGCAUCCUUUCCAUAAGGAUCUUCUGCAUACUCUAUAUGAUGCAGACCACUUCCGUAUCGCCCUGGGCCAGUUGUCGACCGCAAAGCACCUGAUCGAAUCCAUCAGCCGUGACUAUGUGCGGCUCCUCAAGUAUGCGCAGUCACUUUUCCAGUGCAAGCAGCUGAAGAAAGCAGCUCUGGGACGCAUGGCCACCAUCAUCAAGCGUCUCAACAACCCUCUGAAGUACUUGGAUGAGGUCCGACAACAUCUUGGCCGUCUGCCGUCGAUCGACCCAAACACUCGAACCCUCGUCAUUUGCGGAUAUCCCAACGUCGGCAAGAGCAGUUUCCUCCGCUCAAUCUCCCGCGCCGAUGUUGACGUGCAGCCAUACGCCUUCACCACAAAGUCCCUCUUCGCCGGUCACUUUGACUACAAAUACCUCCGUUUCCAAGCUGUUGAUACCCCUGGAGUCCUGGACCAUCCCCUUGAGGAGAUGACCACCAUUGAAAUGCAGUCCAUCACAGCGAUUGCUCACUUGCGCGCGGCGAUCCUGUACUUCAUGGAUCUCUCAGAGCAAUGCGGUUACUCUGUCAAGGCACAGUGUGCGCUGUUCAAGAGCAUCAAGCCACUCUUCGCCAACAAGAUCUGCUUCAUUGUGAUCAACAAGAUUGACGUGACUCGGCCAGAAGACCUGGACGCCGAAACCCAGGCUGAACUGCAGUCUCUGCUGAAAUCUGGAGAGGUCGAGAUGGUCCAGGCGAGCUGCAACACACAAGAAGGUGUCCAGGCUGUGAAGAACGCGGCUUGUGAGAAGCUGAUUGCCGAGCGAGUGGCAUCGAAACUGAAGGCUGGCCAAACAAGCAGUGGUGCUGCUGGAAGCCGGUUGACUGAGAUCAUGACCAGAAUCCACGUGGCCCGGCCCAUGGAGGGAGCCAAGCCUCUGGAAACAUUCAUUCCUGAAGGUCUCAAGGACUUGAAGAAGUACGACAAGAACGAUCCCGAGAGGCGGAGACUUGCACGAGACAUUGAAGAGGAGAACGGCGGCGCUGGUGUCUUCUCGGUGGAUCUGCGGAAAGAUUACCUUCUCAAGAACCCAGACUGGAAGUACGACAAGAUGCCCGAGGUCGUUGAUGGAAAGAACGUGUUUGACUUCAUUGAUCCGGACAUUGAGGCCAAGCUCGCUGCUCUGGAGGAGGAGGAGGAGCGCCUGGAGAAUGAGGGCUAUUACGAUUCGGAGGAGGAGAUGGACGAUGAUGAGGAGGAAGAGAUCCUGGAGAAGGCCCAGCUCAUCCGCGAGAAGCAGGCUCUCAUCCGCAACGAGUCCAGGAUGCGCAAGUCCCUCAAGAACCGCGCCAUAAUACCCCGAAGCAAGACCAAGAAGCCGCUGUCACAGCUCGCUGAUCACCUGGACCAGCUGGGCAUCGAUGCGACCGAGGUCGAGGCCCGAGGCAGGGCGAUGGCACCCGACUCGCGUGGCCGUUCUCUCACGAGAAGCCGUGCCGGCACCGAGGUCUCGGAUGUCAUGGACGUUGAUAAGACUCCUCGGGAGCGGUUGAGGUCCAAGAGCAGGGCGCGCAGCCAGGCCCCCGCCACUGACAGAUUACACGACGGUAUCACCGACGAGACGUCGCGAACCAAGGCCGAGAGGACGGCCAAGCUUUCGCAGAGGAAGAUGAACAGGAUGGCGAGACAGGGUGAGGCUGACAGGCACGUUCCUGCGUCCUUGCCGAAGCACCUGUUUGCUGGAAAGCGUGGCAUGGGCAAGACCUCUCGCCGCUGA